AUGGCACUCGAGCGGCAUGCUUUUCUUGACCAUCGGAGGAGCUUUAAACCGUUUCCUUCGAUCCGGGACUUAUACGCAAGCAAAGGCAGUAUGAUCAUCCUUUCUGUCCUAAUCCUGUUCUCGAUUGGUAGCACUGCUGGUGCUAAUACACCUCGGUCUAGCCCGGCUGUGCCUCCACCAGCCGGCCGUUCUCUUCUCUCCAGAUCCUCAUAUCUGGAGCCAUACGAUUACCCCACUGCCGUCCAAGCGGACUUUGACACCCGUGCACACGUCCACCCGUACUACCCUACACUUGGCCCUCCCGAGUUCUGGACAGAGCCUUCGCUACGAAAGCACUACUCGUCAACCCUUCAUCUUCGCUAUCACCCAUCACUUUUCCCUGCCCCUCCUCCAUUCGAAGUAUGGUUCAAGGAACAGCAGCUCAUCCGCGCCAUCAACAUGCUCUCGCAAACCAUCGACCUAGAGACAGAACACCGACAGCUGGACCGUUUGGCACUGUUUCGCCGCGAAAUGCAGCUGGGUGAGCUGUCAAUCUUACUUAGGUUGACACAGAUCGCUACAACUCUGAGGUAUGCUGCGUUGGCGCCCGAAUGGAGGUGGUUCGAGGAAUCCAUGUACAGACAAUGGGCAGCUUUUUUACAAAUCAGUCAGAACGCAGCGAAAGAUGAGAAGGGAAAGGGAAGCAACGCGGACUGGGAGAACCAUUUGCAGUUUUUGCAGCAGGUAAGAAAGGCGCAGGAGGAAGAAGAAGAGGAAGAAAGCGAGGAGGAGAAUGAGAUAGCGGGGCAAAUCGCGCUUCGGGAUGCUACGUUGAAGGGAAAGAAGAAGCUGGAUGAACAGUCCGGAUGGAAAGAGGUUCCGAUCGAGAGGGAGGACCUGGCGAGCAGCACGCCGAGAAGAUGGAUACACACUCCGAACUUAGCCGGGUCUGCUUCAGAUAGAGAAGAGGGAAAGCUCGGACCAGAUCUGAAGAGCAGCACUCCUAGGAGGUGGGAGGCCUUUCCUGGAGCAGCUCAAGGGUCCGGCGAGCACCUUGCUGAAGGUCUAGAGGACAUUCCAGAAACCGUGCCCAGUCCGCGUCUCCGUGCCUUACACAGCCGAGUGCCAAUUGCCGAGUGGUGGCAGAGCUAUUCCCGAACGCACACGCACAAGCAGCUUCCCUCCGUACCCGUCGUAUACAGGACACCACUCGUGGAACUUCAAGACCGCUUCACCUCUUUUCAGGAACGAGUUUCUCGCCUUGCUCGGCUCAAACACAAAACAAAGUUCUUUCGACCGUUUUCCCUUGGAGGUUUCGGCAUAGAAGGACGUCAGACUGAUCGACCCCUGGCGGGCGCAUUCCGCAUCUACACUCCCCCGGCACAGGCUGUUACCACCCUUCAUAUUGCCGUUGACAAGGCACCAGACCCAGGCACAUCUCGUACCCUCGUGUCACCAAAAGCAGGGACGAAGCCACGGGUGAAGAAAACGACGAGACUGUGGAUCAAGCUAGAAAGCAAUGACAAACCCGUCGAUGUCAGUACUUCUGGACCUUCCACUUCGGGUAGUGUCGUGCUGAAAGCUGCACCUAUCGUCAAUCAGGAUCUCGAGGUUCCGAAGCAGCCGACUGAUCACGUCAAACCAUCGUUGACGCCGUGGAGCUAUUACCGCAGCAACUAUUUCAAGCAAAGUCCGCCAAAACUCUUCUUUAGGAACGUCUUAAUGUCACAAGCGUCCCUCCGAAUCCAGGCACGGAUCGAAGCACUGCAAGCAGCCAAGACGGCUUCUUCGAUGGGCAUCGCAGGUAUGAAGUCGACAUAUUCGGGCCCUCUAGACUGCCUCCCUCGAUAUCCUGACUAUGGAGCUAUCAAACGUUUUGGUCCUAUCAGUAGUGUGUCUCUGUUCGCUAACUUCGUGUUCAGCAGCACCCGCGCUAACUGGCACAGAUGCUACGGGCUUGCUGAAAGUCCGAUCGUCUUCGGAUUCGCCCAUGGACGGCCUCGCAUCUUCGGAUAG